AUGGCGUCCGGUCAGGAGUCCGGAGGCACAACUCUUAUGGAUCUCAUCACCUCCGAUCCGACGUCGGUUCCCCCCAGCGCUGCUCCUAGUGUAGCCCCCUCCGCACCAGGGAAGCCGUCGGCGGCAGAUCGGAAGACGAGGAGGAGCACUCUGAUGCAGAUCCAGAGUGACACGAUCUCCGCGGCAAAGGCGCUGAACCCGGUCAAGACCAGCGUCAUGCCUCAGAGGCGCAAGAAGACGGUCCGCUCCAAUCUCUCUGUCUGUCUGUUUCCCCUCUCUGCGUCUCCCUCCCUUACCACGUGCCAUCACGAAUCGUCUGAAACAUUGACUUGCCCCUCGUUCAUUGUCAUGAAUGUAUCGCCGAGUGACCAACCAGGGAUUGAAUUUUUUACAAUGAAUUUUAUCUUGCUUUCAAGAGAAGGCGAAGCAAUUAGUAAAAGACGGUUGGAUAUGGUCAGUAAGUAUGUCUGGAAAAGUUGUUUUCUCGAACAUAUUUUGUGCUCCACGUAUUGUUUUGCCUUUCAAUUGGUUAUGUUUUACGUCAGAGAUGCGAGUACGCAACCCAGGGAGGGUGAAAAACACAAUGACAUGGAUUUGACGGCAAUAUACUCAAAUGUAUCUGUUCGCAUUCUGUCAUCUCGAGGCAUCAUACGUCUCUGAUUUGCGACCGCGUAAAAUGAACCUUAGAUGAUCACGUCUUAAAAGAUAUUGUUGCGUGAUCCAGUUCAUAAACUCCCCUCUUUAGCAACCAGACGAACCUCACCAAUGUUCAGGGUUUAAUUCACUGUUUUUUGUUUUUAUCUCAGACUAAUGUCAUAAUCCGUUAUGCAGCCUGUUUCAUAUUCACAAUUGGCACGAAGUAUACACGAGCUUGCAGCGGCAUCAGAUCAGGUUCCUCUUUGCAAAUGCUGAAAUUAAUUUUUUUGAGGGCUUCUUAUCCAUUCCCUAGUGUUUUCUUGUAUUUACUUGCAGAAAGUCUCCCAAAGGCAGCUAGUGCAUCAAGUUUUUCCCAAACUCGCCGUGUACAACUCUGUGGACCCAUCUUUAGCACCAUCUCUUUUAAUGGUAUUUUUUAUACUUCAAUUUUUUUUACAUACUAUUGUAAUUCCCUCUUAUUGGUAUGGUAUUGUGAUUUUCAAACAAAAGUCGCAAAAUGAUUUUCGAAUCCCUUGCACAACAUGCCAGUUAUGCUGCCACUUGCUUUCUGUCUUCAAAAUUUGCAAAGGUAACGACCAUUCAUCAAGUCUAGUGCAUGUUUCAAUCUCACGUUAAGCCUCCUUAACGUUUUGCCUCUAGACCUACAAAAACGAGACGACACUAGCAUUUCUUUAAUUGCAGCUGUAUACAUGUGUUUUCAGUCAGUGAAACAGUAUGAAACGAGUCACUUUGUGAUUUUUAAUAAAAGUGUCAUUUGGUAAUAUUCUUCUAGGACUUUUAAAUCCAUCAUAUUCUAAUCGCUGCUGGAUGACACACCGUUCAUGGACAGAAGUAUGUGUAAUAGGAUAAUGUGCAUAAAAGGACGUGCAAAAUGAUAUUUUCUUGUUACAAAGCAGCCCUUUUUUCUUCUCUUCCUUUCUAUUUUAUGAAACAACCGUCUACCAGAUAGCUAUGGCUACUUCAUAAGACUAUAAGUGAGAUAGAAAAAUGUGCAUCUUGAUAUCUGUAUUCUGGUAAAUUGAAUGUCGUUUGGCAUGUCAUGAUAAGCUGGUGCGGUGAUAUAAAUAGAUUGCCAAUAUGCUUAAAUCAUGAGUUUAACUGAUAUAAACUCAUAUCUCCAUUAGCAAUAGGCAUCUGUCAAUCAGAAAGGAAAAAAUGAGCAUCUUAAUAUGAAAUAUCUUAUGCCAUUUGUGCUUCAGAGGCAUUUCAUCUGGUUAACGCCAAUUUGAAUUUAUGUACGUUAGCAACAAUAUUAAUCGUUUUGUGUUUGAACCCUUCAGACAUUUGAUCCUACAUCAUUUUAUGGAAUCAUACUUAGUUGAAAUUCCACUCAUUUUAGAGUGAGGUUUUUGGCUGUCAAUGAACACAUCUAUUGUACUAUCAUUCCAGGUUUCAGUUAUUUGUCCAGUUUCUUUUUCAAUGGAGGUAUAGAUGAGUAUCUGAAAGUAGUCAGAUUCUGUUUGAAUUCAGCUUAGGAUGAUGUCCUUCAUGAGAAACGAAAUGUUAACGUUCUUGUUUUUAAUUAUUGAUAAGCUGAUUUAUGAAUUGAAUUCAGGUUUUCAGUAUGACCGUAAUUAUGAAUGUGGGGGUGAUAUGAUAUUUUUUUAUUGCUUUUAGUAAUUAAGUUUAGUCAAUGUAAAAAUUGUGGUUUGACAUUGUCUAUGAAGUGUCAUGACUUGUUAUUUGUUCCUCUUGUUGCAUUGCAGCUUCAUCAGCAAUGCGAGGACCGAAGUGUUCUUCGUUAUGUCUACUACUACUUGGCUAGAAUUUUAUCAGAUAAUAGUGCUCAAGGUAUGAGUGGUGGUGGGGGAAUUCCGACACCCAACUGGGAUGCCCUUGCAGAUAUCGAUGCUGUUGGUGGUGUCACAAGAGCAGAUGUUGUCCCACGAAUUGCUGAACAGCUAACUUCAGAGGCAUCAAAUGUUGACCCUGAAGGUAGAUGAAAACUAUUGCGCCACUGCCAUAGAUUGCCUUUUCUGUAUUAUUUUGUGUUUUCUUUUCACUCAACAAAGUUUCAGUUCAAGAGGAUACAUACCUUGCGAAAUAAGUGCAUUAAUAUUCCUUUCAUCCUGUGUCAUUCAUGGACUGUCGCCAUAUUACUCAUUAGAUGGCCUUUGAGAGUGACAGGUGGCAGGGUUAUGUUGGGUAAUCAUUCCAUUAAGUGUUUUUCAUUUUGGGUUGUCUUUCAAACGUGGGAACUAUUCCUAUGUGCAAUACAAAUCAUAUGUAGGUUUCGAAGUUGAGGUUUCUUAUGAGAUAAUUGAAUGUAUGGACUCUUUGCCCAAUUUAUCAUGACAUGACUUGUCUGUAUGUGGUACUCUAAUUAAAUGAACGUAUUGCUGCUCAUUAACUUCAGAGAUCAUGUCAUCACAUACUGCUGAAGUUCUGAACGUUUGUGUUUAUUUGCAACUUUUUUUGGGCAAUUGUGGUCAUCGUCCAAGUUUUUUUUCCGGGUUCAGUUUGACGAAUAUUGUGCAAAGAAAUGCAGUUUGGGGUCUUCCUCGUUUUUCUGUCAAGCAGUGCAGUAGCCAUCACUGUUGGCCCUACAAACUGUUCCAUAAACAACAUGCAGGUCUAGACUACUCAACGCAGCCAUAAUAUCAUUAAAGCAAUCAUUUUGCAUGCAUAAACAAACGUUGUUCAUAAACGGCUCUAUUCUUAGAGCAAAUCCCCAAUAUAACUAAUUCCAUCUGUGCAACAUCCCUAGCUGUAUAUUGAAGGCUGAAAACAAGCUUCUCCAAAAUGACAAUGAAGACAUCCCUAGCUGUAUAUUAUGAGAUAGUUUUGACCAAAUCCUCUGUAUUUUUGCAUCCUCUGUUCACCUAUCCCACUUGGACUUCUCUUUCCCUUAUAGCCGCACUCGUAAUUUUCGAAGAGGCGGGAUCAGUAGGUUUUUUUCUUUGUACCUAUUGCUUUUAACUUUUUGGAUACUGAUACUGGAAAUUGUGUGACUCAGACCUGGGGUUUUUGAAAUCCUAAAAUUCAAUUCUUCUUGCACCUCAUUAAUUUAACUCGUGUAAGUCACACAUAUUGUCAUGGCAUAGUUCCUGCACUUUUGACCUGGAGAGAAUUUUGAACAGGAGAAAAUUGGCACGGCACAAUUCCCCUUCCUGGUUUUAACCAGGAGAAGUUUCAUCGUCGAACUUGAUGUGCUCUUAAAUCUGCCUCGUUUCUACCAGACCAUGGAGGCCUUGAUUACGCUCAUUAAAUGGCCAAUUUGGUUGACCUCGCGGCAAACUGCGCCUAUUGUGCCCAAUGUUUUCGCUGAAUUGCAUGAGUUGGCUCAAAUUAGUCAACCAUGGUUCUGAGAUUGUUGACAAACUAUUGGAUGAUACUUUUGAGUUACUCGGGAUUUAUAACCUCAUGCCUUCUUAAUUUUUGGUUUGUAUUUAGCUAUUGACAUCGCAUUUGUAUGGAGAAUUAUCUUGAGGGCUGAUUAUAUCCAGAAUUAUGUAUCCCUGUCUCUAUCUUGUAUAUUCUGAAUUUAUGGUAAUGUUCACAUUUGAAGUAUGUCGCUACUGUCAUGAUGCCAUCCCUGAGACAAACUUACUGCAUUCACUAGGAUGUCCCAAUGAUUGAGCUUUUUGAAAACAAUUGCGUAUAGUAAUGAUUUGUAUAAAGAUUGUAUCCAUAAGUAGACUCUACACACGUGCUAGAUGCAACUGAUAGUCUUUGAUUUGUCCUAGUCUAGUACUAACCGAAUUUCAUUUUCUUUCGUUCAUCCUGUUGAAGUUCAUGCAAGGAGACUUGCUGCGCUGAAAGCACUCACUUUCGUGUCACCAAGCAAUUCUGAGAUCCUGUCCAAAUUGUAUGAGAUUGUAUUUGGAAUCCUUGAGAAGGUACCUCUAAUCACAUUUUUAAGUGACCUUAGCAUGCUGGUGUUUUUAUAACGUUGCUUAAUAAUAUUUGUUACACAGCCUUUGCUGUGUCAGUUGGCACCCCAAAACAUGUCACAUAAUUUGCUUUAUGAUUUUUUUUCUAUCUUCAUUGAAUAUUCAUCUCUCACAGAUUGCAGACACAAAACAGUAAACGCGUUUUGUAAUUUGAGCGAUGAAUUUUUUUCUUCUUUCUUGUCACAGGUUGCAGAUGCAAAGCAGAAACGUAAGAAAGGCAUUUUUGGUCGGCAAAGUGGUGAUAAAGAGGUACUUUCCUUCCCUUGGCAGAUGCGAACCAAGUUCUGGUAAUUUUGAAGAAAGAGGCAUGGGUUCUUUGCUCUUAUGAAACAUAUGAUUGUUUUAAAUUUUUACUUUUACUUUUUAUAUUUUUACAUUUUGGGUUCCCCUAAUGAAAUUUCGUUGAUAGCUGAUAGACUAGUUAUUUAUCUCGUGUAUGUAAAACACCGCACAUUGCAAUUGUACAGCGCAGCUCAUAAGAUGAAUACACUGCUUAUUUUAAUUUGUCUCAGGAAAGUUUACUUUGGGAAAAAAAUUAUCGUCAUUGAAAACGGAAGUUUUUUUAUUUGAAUGAAAAGAUAGAUGUAGUGUCUUCGGACUAUAUGAUCAUGUUGCACUUUCCGAUCUUUCAUCCUUGUUUCUUUUAGUCGUUGAGAAGUGUGACCGUUUGACUUUUUACAUUCUUCCAUUCAGUCCUUCUGUGUCUUUACAUAUGUUUUCCAUGCGUUUUCAGUCUAUAAUUCAGAGCAAUCUGCAAUAUGCUUCUCUUAGUGCGCUGAGAAGACUCCCUCUGGAUCCCGGAAACCCAGCAUUCCUGCAUCGAGCUAUACAAGGGUAUGUAAGCUAUGCCACUUUUCUUACCUUGGAACUAUGCGUUUUUUGUGCUGCUCUGACUUGAGUGAGGCUAUCAGUGGUCACACAUAUACUAUUAAGUAAAAAAUACUUGUAUGAGCAUUUGUCUUCAGUUCAAUUCAGGGCACCGAUAACAUGCACAAUUCGUGAUUUAUCAUCUAGGCUGGCUCUAGUUUAAUGUAUCCUAAUGGUUCCACGCCAGUGUUUAACAGAACUUAAAAUAGUGUUUGUCAAAUGGAAAACAUACACCAAUUUCUGGACUUACGAUAAUAUCCAUUAAAUAUUUAGUUUGGGAUAUCCUAGGAUGUACUCAGCUGAAGGUGAAUAUAGAUAGACCCAACAUUUUUAUGUGUGCGAAAAAUUGAAUAAUUACAUAAGAAUAAUCAUAUUUUAAAAAGGGCUUUAUGCUGGCUCUUGACUGGAACUCUUGCUAUUGGCUUUUCCAAUGUACUGCUGAAUAGCAAGCUAAAAGUGCGGUUCUCUAUUGAUGUGAAAUGCGCCAAAUAAUACAGUGGAAAAUUGAUUGAAAGGGCGAAAUUAUAUUAAAGGGAUUGCGGUUGGCAAGGUGGUACGACGUGGGGCAGUGGAAAAAUAUUGUACUAGCUGGUGUGUGAGGCCCUGUGGACUGGGCUUCUCCAAACAUGCCAGUUGCGAUCUUUCGUGUCUAUAGUUUGGUCUUUCUUUUGGAGCUCUUUAUAUCUCCUUUGCCUUUUGAUUUGAUUCAAUGAAAUGCAGUUGGGCCAAAAGGUAAAUCAAAUGGCCAUUUAAUUUUUUAAGUUUAAAGCAAGCAGUCGUGUCAAUAAUCUGUUUCUCUUUCUGUGACUGUAGGGUCUCAUUUUCUGAUCCAGUUGCUGUCAGGCAUUCUUUGGCAAUCAUCUCUGAAUUGGCUACACGAGAUCCUUAUUCUGUUGCUAUGUCAUUGGGUCAGUUAAAUCCACAUAACUCAAUGGACGCUAACGUUGCAAUUAAAAUUUAUUUGAAUGUGUAUUUCAUGAAUAUGUAUGAGAGCACUUAUGUAGGUCUUCCUAAAAUCCUCGCGUAUGUUUCUAAUCUAUAUAGUACCCGUCUACUCUGUUGGAUUUCUGACUCGUCAUUAUUUUGGUUGUUUUUCAGGGAAACUGGCAAAUUCUGGAGGUAUGGUUAUCCUAUAUUUCUUGCAUUAUGUUUCUAUGCCACAGUAAAUGGCCUGGUAUUGUUCGACUGAAAGUAGCAUGAAUACGGUGCAUAAAUUCCAAGUUUCAUUGUUGUAUUCCUGCUAGCUUUUUUUUGGCUUAUUUUCCUGGUAAAGUAUGUUUAGUCCUUAUCUGAUUUGACGAAUAGAAUGAAAUUUCUUGUUACCUCAUUGAGUUAUCUGAAAACUGAACUAUUUUGGUUUGAUUUAUUUCUUUUUUUGGGUCGAGAAGUUCCUUUUCUUUCUUUAUAAGGAAAAGCUGUGGAUAUCGUCCUUCUCCUAGAAUUUUCAGACUCUUUACUAAGUGAAGGCUGAUAUUAUAUGAAGCAGGUGCUUUGCAGGAUGUUCUUCAUUUGCAUGAUGUCCUUGCUAGGGUAUCCCUUGCAAGGCUGUGCCAUACAUUGUCAAGAGCCCGUGCACUAGAUGGUACCUGCACUUGAUUGACAUUUACCCUUGAUGUAAUUAUUAUUAGAUUAAUGCGUAGUAUCCCUAGUUUGAUUAAAAAAAAAAUACUGGGUGUUGCAGAAAGGCCCGACAUUAAGGCUCAGUUCUUGUCUCUUCUUUAUCAACUUCUCUUGGAUCCGAGUGACAGAGUGUGCUUUGAGGCUAUACUCUGUGUUCUGGGAAAAUUUGACAACACAGAGAGGUACGAUUUGCAUCUGCUGAGACAACUUCCACUGACAUCAUUAAUGUUUCAUUUAUUUCUUGUUUAAAUGUUCUAGUUGCAAGUUAGCUUGCUUAUUUUUAUUGCUGGAACUCUUUCAACAACCUAGAUUGUUUACCAUAGGACUGAAGAACGAGCAGCGGGGUGGUUUAGACUGACGAGAGAGGUUCUGAAGCUUCCCGAGGCACCCUCUGUAUCAUCAAAAGAAAGUAACGCUCAGUCAAAGGAUGCCAUUCCACCGAAACCAAAGAGUGAUAAACCUGCUCCCAGACCAAGACGACCUCAGCCUCUUAUAAAACUUGUAAUGAGAAGGUGCAUUUUAUUUAAUUAUUUGCUUCCUACCAUGUAAUGGUCUUAUUUUUGCUGAGAUGUGAAUUGGCUUUUGCUGUUCUGAUUCAUAUUUUUUUUCACCCUCUUAGACUUGAAAGCUCGUUCCGGAGUUUCUCUCGUCCUGUGCUUCAUGCAGCAGCGCGGGUUGUUAUGGAGAUGGGAAAAAGCAGGGCUGCAGCAUAUGCUUUAGGAGUGAAUGAUAUCGAUGAGGGAACAUAUAUUUAUUCAUAUUCUGAUAGUGCUGAUGCAACUGAUGGUGAGCAGAAUGAAAGCUCACAGUCAGAAGGUAUUAAUUGUAUAACUUGAUCGCGGGUAAAACUUGUCUGUCAUUUAUCACUGAACACUGCACUUCAACGUAGUGUAUGUGAAGUUAUGUACAUCGUUAAUUAAUAGAGGAUAAGGUUAUUUUGUUUCUGCUUUACUUGCUCAGUUGUAAACUUAUAAUGUGGAUUAUCUAGCCAUAAAGUUUAUGGUAUUUUUUCUUUUCUGCACAGGUUCCCGAAACAGAUCACUGGCUACUGUUUCAAGCGGAAAGGACACUAUUGCAAGUUUAUUAGCUUCACUAAUGGAAGCAGUGCGCACGACUGUUGCUUGCGAAUGUGCUUAUGUUCGAGCGAUGGUGAUAAAGGCCUUAAUAUGGAUGCAGAACCCACAUGAAUCAUUUGAGGAAUUGGAAGCUAUCAUUGCCUGUGAACUCUCUGAUCCAGCAUGGCCCUCAGCUCUAUUGAAUGAUAUCUUACUUACGAUGCAUGCACGAUUCAAGGUAUCCCCCUGUCAUGCAAUUCUUUAUAAAGAAUGUAGAUAGUUUACUUCAAAUGCACACGUUAUUUAAGGUAUUUCCACAGUCAUUAAAAUUUCUUUACAGAACGCGAGGACUCAGGCCAUUGAAAAGUCUUCUAACCUUCCUUGAAAUGCAUGCAUUUUGUCCGCAAUGUCCAUACUAGGUUGGCUAUCGGUUGUAGAGUUCUUGAAGUUUUAUUGUGGACUGAAAUAAUCGUUUUAUGGUUUGCUGAUUAUAAUUCUUGAAGUUGCUUUUAUGGUCAUUUGUGGCACUAUUUGAAAUGCUUGUUAUUAAUUUGCUUUUUGUUUUUCAAAUACCAGGCAACACCAGAUAUGGCGGUCACACUACUUGAAAUUGCAAGAAUUUUUGCAACUAAGGCUCCUGGAAAGAUCGAUGCAGAUGUUUUACAGUUGCUGUGGAAGGUGGGUUCCUUUCUCUGCAAAGAGCCGUUUGCGUCAAAACAAUUUGAAAUUCUCCUUAACUCCUUGUUAUUCCAGUGUUGCAAUUUACGGAAAUGAUUUACUAUGCUCAGAGUCUGGUCUUGAUAACUAUUUCCAAUAAAUCAUAGGGGAAAAGAUUAAAACUCUUGCAGGACCUUGUUAAUUUCUAUUUCUCUUGAAAGCAUUUCGAACUGGUCUUGGGUUCAUUGCCGAACCUCAUUUGUGGUAGUUUAUUAGAGGUGAAUUUAAAAUUGUAUCAGAUUUAUGGCUUUUUUACUUGUAACUUGAUGGGUUUUAUUUGAUUUCAUUAUCUGGAACUUCGUGUAUAACUUUACAUGAUCAGGUAAAUUACGUAAUCUGAUGUAUUCAUCUUGAUUUCUUUUUCCUUCAUUGUGGCAUUAUUGAGAGAUUCAAAUUGAGCGGUAUUGAUCUUUUUAUCAGAGCCACUGAAGCUUCUCUUUGUAAUUUUUUUGUCUGUCUCAUUACUUGUUUUCACUUAUCUGCAAACAAGAAAUGGCAGUGUUGAUAUCUUGUAUCCCUCAUUGAGACGGCUUCAUUAAGGGGUUAGCAAGCAGCUGGAAAAGAAAUUAUUGUCUCACUGAUGAUGGGAAAUAUUUAUUUUUAUCACGGCUUAUUGGUUUCUCAAAGCAAUCCACUUUCCAUAACAUUGCUUUGCCGCUAGCAAGUAUCAUGUGUUCUUGUAUCUUUGAGUAUCUCCACAAAAAGUUCAUACCUCUAUUGCUCUAUUUGAUACUCUGCAGACAUGCCUUGUUGGAGCUGGACCCACGGGCAAGCACACCGCCUUGGAAGCAGUCACCAUAGUUCUUGAUUUACCUCCUCCUCAACCUGGAUCAAUGGGUGGAAUAACAUUGGUAGACAAGGUUUCUGCGGCUGAUCCCAAAUCAGCCCUGGCGUUACAGAGAUUGGUGCAGGCGGCAGUAAGAAUAAUCCCUUUUUCUUGCUCAAGAAUAAUCAUGAUUUCAAAGGCCUUUUUCCCCGUCGGGAAAGAUAUUAUUAUUAUGAUUGCGUCUAACGGUCUUUUCAGGUUUGGUUUCUUGGCGAAAAUGCAAACUAUGCUGCAUCCGAAUAUGCUUGGGAAUCUGCAACCCCCCCUGGAACUGCAUUAAUGAUGUUAGAUGCAGAUAAAAUGGUAGCUGCAGCUAGUUCUCGGAACCCCACACUUGCUGGUGCGUUGACAAGACUUCAGAGGUGCGCUUUCAAUGGAAGCUGGGAGGUUUGUAUCUGACAAGCUCUUUUCCAAUGCUAGUUCAUAUUAUCCAGUGUGAAGUGAUGUUGUUCAUUUUUGAAUUUUUAUGAUGUACACCGCAGGUGCGCAUUAUUGCUGCUCAAGCCCUUACAACAAUAGCCAUCAGAUCAGGAGAGCCGUUUAGAUUACAGAUUUAUGAGUUUCUCUAUGCUCUAGCUCGAGGUGGAAAUCAAUCUCGAUUUUCAGAAAUUCAAUUUAGCAAUGGGGAAGACCAAGGUGCUAGUGGCACUGGCCUUGGAUCCCUGAUCAGCCCCAUGCUUAGAGUUCUUGAUGAGUUGUAUAGAGCACAGGAUGAACUGAUAAAGUAAGAGAUGGUAUCAUUUACUUCCUAUUAUGUUUCCUGGUUCCACAAAACAGCGCUUGUAUAACUUCGCCUUUUUCGUAUUCAUCUGCAGAGAUAUAAGAACUCAUGAUAACGCUAAGCAAGAAUGGACAGACGACGAGCUUAAACGACUAUAUGAGACCCAUGAAAAGCUUCUAGACUAUGUUUCCUUAUUCUGCUACGUACCAAGAGCGAAGUAUCUACCCUUGGGACCGAUUAGGUGGGCAUUUUGUUUUCUUAUCGUACAGAAUUAGAAGUUUCAAUGUACAAAUGAUAAUCUGGUUCGGUCUUACACUCUCAGAAUCUUACUUGUUUCAGUUGUCCAUUGCCGAGAUAUCUGAAAUUGGUAAACGGUUCUAUUGCAAUCAGAGAGUCAUGUCCGAAACUGGGAAAUCCUGUCUUUAUUAAUGUCAUCUAGAAGCUGUUGCCAUUCUAGGGUCAAUGAUAUGUUACAUCUUGUUGGUGAAGUGCGUGAUUACUUAGUGGAGAGUUGUCCCUAUCUAGUUCUGCAUUAAUCCUCAAUCAUAUCGCUGUUGAUUCUUGACAUGCAUGGAAAUCAAAUCAAUCAUUUUCUUUGAUCCGGCAAAGGAAGAAGUCUUUGCAAAAGAUUGCAACGUAAAAAUCUCCAAGGCAUAUUUUUCUUGAAGAGUUGGAAGUGGAUAACAAAAUGUCUAUAUACCAAUUUUUAUGCUCAAAGUUUGUCUUGUUUUCUUAGUCAUCUCUCCCUGAACUUGCUCUGGAAUGUUUGUUCCCUGUCGAUUGAUACAUGAACUCUUUACGUCUGAUGACGCUUUAUAUUGCUCACUAGAAGAAGGAAACCUAAUUGUCGUACGUUUUUUUUUUUUUAUCGUAUUAUCUCAUUAUUUUCGUAUGUAUACUCUCUAGUUAACACACGUGUUUCUCUUCAAAAAAUAAUCCUGUCAUUUUCUUCUCUGUACUCUUUAUUUAGUUUCCGUGUAUCUUAAUUCAGUAAGUUUAAUGACAGAGAUUGGAUCAGAGUGCAUUAUUUUACUAUGACUAGGUCUUUGUAUGUUCUUCUGAUUCCCUAAGUACUGGAAUUUGAUGUUCUUGUUAGGAUUAUCUACUCAUUCUCGAUAUCUGCUUCCAUCCCCGUUUUUUACUGCUUAUGAUGCUUUCCAUUUUCCUGUUUGUUGAUUCAGGCGAUGAUUCUGCCACACUCAGCUUCUUUUUUCAUGUUUUGUUAUCGGCAGUGCAAAGCUCAUUGACGUGUACCGCACCCGGCAUAAUAUCAGUGCCUCCAGUGGAUUGAAUGAUCCAGCUGUGGCAACAGGAAUAUCUGAUCUCGUGUAUGAAUUCAAAGAGCCAUCCAAAAAGGAGUCUUAUGCUAUUGACCCCGAUCUGGCAAACGCAUGGGCUACAAACCUGGAGGACGAUUUCUGGGGCAAUAACGCGCCUGCUAUGAGUAGAGUAAGCCAUUUGCUCCUCUCGACCACUGAACGAUUUGUGGACUUAUUUGACCUGCUAGAGCUCAUGCGAGGCGCUUUACUUGUGGAAAAAACGGAGGAUUUAAUGGCGUGAUGCUAAGCAGAUCACGUUUGUGAAAACCAACCAGAACCAGAAGCACUCCUUUCAAUGAAACCUUCAGCUGUUUCAGCGGAGACCGUCAGAUGUCUCACUGCAUACGCCCCUUUUGUUGCAGGUAAAUGAGUUCCUUGCCGGCGCUGGAACUGAUGCUCCUGACGUGGAAGAGGAGAACAUAGCUUCGCGACCCUCUGUUGGGUACGAUGAUCUGUGGGCCAAGACACUCUUACAGAACUACGAAGCAGAGGUAGUUUCAUCUCAUCGUCCUUGCAAAUUCCGAGAACAAUACCUUUAUGAUCCCUCUUCUGCGGCCCCAUUUUUCAGGAGGACGAUGGCAGGUCAUCCGGAACCUCUUCUCCUGAGUCAACUGGCUCCGUCGAGACUUCCAUAUCGUCCCACUUUGGUGGCAUGAGCUACCCAUCGUUGUUCAGCUCGCGCCCCUCGGGCUAUGGCGUUCCUCAGCAACCGGUACGGGACUCAUAAACUUCGUGGGACAGCACUUCAUAUCAUGGAGAAAUCAAUCGUGGGAUGAUCCUCUAACGAAUCGAAAAUUGACCAAACAGGAGAGCAAGCCGGCACCGGCCGCGAGCAGAUACAGCAGGAGCACGUCUUUUGGUGGGCCGCCGUCGAGCUAUGGGGAGGGCAUCGCUCCACCGGUAGGGAAUAUUGAUUUCUUGGUUUUUCUCCCCGCGUCUGGUUCCCGUUGAUCUCACUCCCCGCGGUGUGUCCAUCAGGUGAGAGAAGAUCCCCCCCCGUCGUACAGCUCAACGGUGCAGAGAUUUGGAUCGUUUGAGAAUCCAUCAACCGGGCGGGGAUCCCAGAGCUUUAGCUCACGAGACGAUGAAGCGGAAUCCGAGAAACCCCAGUUCGGGAAAGCCCUUUACGAUUUCUCUGCCGGGGGCGACGACGAGGUCGGCCACUUCUACUCACCCACCCUCUUCUCGACCAAUUAUCAAUCGCUCUCGCCAUUUCCCUGCUGAUGAUGGAUUCUCUCUCUCUCUCUCUCUUCCUUACCCCUUGUCACAACAGCUGAGCUUGGCCGCCGGAGAGGAGGUUGAAAUCGAGUACGAGGUUGACGGAUGGUUCUACGUGAGUGUUGUUCAUGCGUGUGGCAUUGCAGUGAUUGAUUCAUCAUCCCCUUGAGUCGAUGUCCAAGAGCCGGAAACAGUAAGAAAUAAACCUUCCAUUUCGAUUUCCAUGUGCAGGUGAAGAAGAAGCGACCCGGGAGAGACGGGAAGCUCGCCGGACUGGUCCCCGUGCUCUACGUCAGUUCUUGA